CGCAACUUCACAAUUCGUUUCUUGCACGAUUGAAAUCACAGUAAUAAGUGCAACUUGUUCUGAAUCAUACAUAAUCUCAAAAUGGUUAUCAAGCGCAAUGAACCAUGUUACGUCCUAGGCGUCGGCAUGACCAAAUUCAUCAAACCAAGGGGUAAAGUCGAUUACACUGAGCUUGGUUUUGAAGCUGGUAUCAAGGCUAUGCUUGAUGCACAAAUCAAUUACGACGAUGUUGACCAAGGAGUGGCAUGUUAUUGUUAUGGAGAUUCGACCUGUGGACAACGUGUCUUUUAUCAAUUCGGAAUGACCCAGAUCCCAAUCUACAACGUGAACAACAAUUGCUCAACAGGCUCAACAGGAUUGGCUUUGGCAAGAAAUGUCAUUAGUCAUGGAGGUGCGGACUGUAUAUUGGUGGUUGGGUUCGAAAAGAUGAAUCCGGGUUCGCUGCAGAGUUUCUGGAAUGAUCGUAGUAAUCCGACUGGCACAACGGGAGAAAUGAUGCGUGCCACUAGAGGCGUCACGAAUGCACCCGGGGCUGCGCAAAUGUUUGGUAAUGCAGGUCGGGAAUAUAUGGAAAAGUAUGGUGCCAAAAAUGAAGAUUUCGCAGAGAUUGCGAGAGUGAAUCACGAGCAUUCACAACGAAAUCCAUACUCUCAAUUCCAGGAUGUAUAUACUCUGGAACAAGUCAUGAAAGCUCCCAUGAUUCAUGAGCCUCUCACAAAAUUGCAAUGCUGUCCCACAUCAGAUGGAGGAGCCGCAGCUGUUCUAGUUUCACAAGAUUUCCUCGAUGCCCGCCCACAUCUAAAAGAACAAGCUGUAUUGAUCGCAGGUCAAUGCAUGGCUACUGAUGCUCCAUCUUUAUUCUCCAAAUCCGCAAUCGAUCUUAUGGGUUUUGAGAUGACACAAUUUGCAGCAAAGACUGCCAUGGAGGAAGCAAAGGUCACACCUGCAGACAUCAAGGUCUGCGAGUUGCAUGAUUGUUUCUCAGCCAAUGAGAUGAUUGUUAUCGAUUCUUUGGGUCUUUCCCCACCAGGAAAGGCUCAUGAAAUGGUGAGAGCGGGAGAUAUUACAUAUGGCGGCAAGAUGGUCAUCAACCCCUCCGGAGGAUUGAUCUCAAAGGGUCAUCCACUCGGAGCCUCAGGAAUUGCACAGUGCGCUGAGCUUGUCUGGCAUCUUCGUGGAUGGGCAAACAACCGAUUGGUUGAUGAUACGAGAGUAGCUUUACAACACAAUCUUGGAUUGGGUGGCGCCGUUGUGGUGACUGUCUACAAGCGUGCCGAUGGAAAAACAAAUGCUCCUGUUGAUUCUGCCGAAGUUGGAAAGAAGAAUAAGUUGGGGUACAAUCCAGCUGUCGAGGCAAAGGGAUUCACAGAGCAGCAAGCUACCAGUGUGAGGAGUAAGACGAAGACUAGUGCUUGGGCUUUGGGUGACGUGGAGAAGAAGGUGGAAGCGAGGUUUUGAAUUUCCGAAACAUGUUCUUUAAUGAUCCAAUACCCUUGUUUGCAAUUAUAGCUCAUCAUAUCAAUCUUUCAACCUUCCUUAAUUACAUUGCGUACUUUGACUAUCUUCUUCAUUCAUUAAGUGUGAUAAGGUCGUAGUUCACUGGCGGGAAUUGCUCUCUCCGACAUCCUUCAUACAUGAUAUACAUGGUCGAGAUAAUCGACGGCGCUUAUAAUCAUUACCGAUUUUUUUAUCAGGAAUUUAUCAUUUUCAAUUAAUGUGCAUUCCUACUGCUAUUCUUGCUUCCAUCCUUCAUAACCUAUGGAGCAUUUUCGAGUAUUAGAAACACUGCAGAAAACAUGUCACGAAUUCUUAAGCUACAUACCUCCUUCUCACUCACCCCUCAGGGUAUGCUAGAUAUUCGGUUUUUUUCCGAUAAGCAGAUCAAUUCUUCGUCGCCUCUAUUUUAUAGCCAGGACGUGGAAUUCUAGUGGUGUAUAUCAAAUACGGCGUUGGGUUUCUCAAGCUGUGCAUUAAGUUUCUCCCAUCUUCGUUCUGAGUAGUGAAUGCUUUUUGAGGAGACAUUUUGAAAUUAUAAGUAGCGCGUAUCUCGUUCUAUAUUGAUUCUUUAAACUUUUUAUGAGCUGCUGAUAACCUUAAAAGGUUCUUGUAUAUAGUAAACUAUGCUGCAAGGAAUUUCAGCUUCUGUAGCACGUCUCUGGUGAAAUAAAUUAUGCUACCCUAAUCCAUGCUUUCUAUUCUAGAAUAGUAGGUUUAUUUUAGAUAGACAUAUUAUAAUAUUGACCACCAUUGAAAGUGGCUGUUGUCACGCACUACCUUUC